CUCAGGUCUCCCGGACUGUAGCUGAACCAAAGCCCUUGUUUUCGCAUAGCCCUGCCGGACGCCCUGGGGGCGGGGCUAUCCUACCACGCACGCGCACCGGGGAUGGCGACUAUGGUCUUUCUUUCCCUCUUUCUACAACGCACCCCAGCUGGGGGGGCCGGAGUGCCCUCCCUCUUCUCUCUGCCCCUCCCCUUUUCCGCCUCCCCCCCCGCCCAGCGGGGCUUCUAACUGACAGUUGUCGCUGGGCCGCUCCGCGCGCCGCCUCCUCCAGCCCCGGUCCCCCGCAGGUAGAAAGGGGCGGGAGGGGGUGUGAGGGAGGGGAGGAGGAGCCGCCGCGGCCCAGCGCCGCGGGCCUCUCCGGGGAGGCGAGGGAAGCCCCCCACUUCCUCCUCGCCCCCUCCCAGACCCUCAGCCGGCCCGGGAGGGGGUGGGGCACCGAGGCCGUCGCGGCCGCCCCGGGCCUGGCGGUGAAGUGCGGGCGGGCCGCGCAGGGGCGAGGCGGGCGAGGGCUGGGCGCGCGCCGCCGCCGGGGGGAGGGGAGAGGAGGGCGCCGCGGCUCUCCUCUUCUCUCCCCCCUCCCCCGCGCCAUGUAACCCCGCCCCGCCGGGCGAGCUCGAGACCCCCGCGCGCACCGAGCCGGCCGGCCGGCGGGCGAAAGACGGCGGAGAGCGAGGCCUAAUGCGGCGGGGGCUGCGCGGCGCGGCCGGGCCCUGAGCAAGCGGCCCGCGCUCACGCUCCCCCCGGCCUCGCCUCGAGCGGCCGCUCCACACCGUCCAGACUGUGCCCGCCGGGGGCAUGAGCGUGCCAGGGACACCCGGGGAGAUGGAGCCGGCCGGGGAGGAAGAGCGGCCCCCGCCGGCCGCGGCGGCGGAGGAGGACGACGACGAGGAGGAGGCGGUGGCGGCAGCGGCGACCCGGGCCGCAGGGCCGACCCGAGGGAGGACUGCCGCGCUGCGGGAGGACGGCGGAGAGCCGGAGCCGGAGGAGGCGGCGACGGCCGCGGCCGCGGUGGUCGGGGGCGGCGGCUGCUGCAAGAAGCAGGAGCUGACCUACGAGCUCCAGCAGGGCUACCGCAUCCUGGGCGAGUUCCUGCAGGAGAAGCACCGGGCCCUCACCGCCCCUUUCCUGCAGCCCAUGGGGGGCGUCGCCGCGGGGGAAGAAGAGGCGCCCGAGGGAGCGCGCGGCGGGGGCCGGGGUCACCGCGCCCUCCCGCCGCCGCCGCCGCCGCCGGGCCAGGGCCUGUGUCUGCAGAAGAUGGAGGAGAAGUUUGCCAGCGGCCAAUACGGAGGCAUCACCGAGUUCGUGGCGGACUUCAGGCUGAUGCUGGAGACGUGCUACCGCCUGCAUGGAGUGGACCACUGGAUCUCCAAGCAAGGCCAGAAGCUGGAGAUGUUGCUGGAGCAGAAGUUGGCGCUGCUCUCUCGGCACUUGAGAGAAAAGACAACGAUAGCAGUUACAUCUAGAGGCUAUUAUGGAUUGGAGGAUGAGAAGGGAACUGCAUGCACUUCAACAAGGCGUCGGUCAACACCACGAAGUUUGGCAGGCUUGACAAGUGGAGUUUUUGAAUCUGUAAUGGUUCAAGUGUUGAGACAGGAAGAACAGCUGAGAGCAAAAGAAGAAAAAAGACUUCGGGAGCAGGAAAGAAAAGAAGCAGAAGAAGCUAGUCAAAAGGAAAUAGAAGAAUGGGAAAGAAAACUUCUAGCACAAGCAGCUCCUACAUGUAUGGAAACCAUGUGGGAAAUUCCAGCUAUUGGGCAUUUCCUUUGUUUAGCCCAGCAAAUUCUAAAUUUGCCAGAAAUAGUCUUUUAUGAAUUGGAACGUUGUCUGCUGAUGCCUCAGUGUAAUACUUUUCUAUCCAAAAUAAUGACUUCUCUGUUAAGUCCCCCCCAUCGCAGACCUACCUUACAUCGAAGACCUACUUUGCCUUACAGGACCUGGGAAGCAGCAUUAAGACAGAAAGUGCAACAGUGGUACACUGCUGUAGGACAGACCGAAAAUCCUGUUAAUUGUGCUGAAAAGCUUGGGCUGUGUCCUCAGUUUUUUAAAGUUCUCGGAGAAGUUAACCCAUUGGAAGAAAAACCUUUUCAUGAACUACCUUUCUACCAAAAAGUGUGGCUCCUUAAGGGUCUUUGUGACUUUGUGUAUGAAACACAAAAAGAAGUUCAAGAUGCUGUACUUGGACAGCCUAUUCAUGAAUGCAGGGAAGUUAUCCUUGGCUAUGAUUAUUUGGAGAAUGCGUAUGUACAUUUUCCACAGUUCUGUGGUGCUGAUGUACGGAUUUAUAAACAAAGACCUUUUCAGGCCCCAGAAUUUCCAAUUCCACCCAUUAAAAUACAAAGAGUACCUCGGAUUAAACUGGAAAAGUUGAAGUGUGACUACAUUAACACAAGUAAUGGAGAACAUAAGUGUAGUAGAGAAGGCCUGUCCUAUUCCUUCAAGAAAGAGCAGGAAAUGAAUUUUGACCCAGCUUGCUGCCCUACUAAAGUUAACUUGGAUAAUCAUGAUAUCUCUGUUGAAAUGGAAGUAAAAUCCAACUGUGAAAUUAGAAUUUGCAGGCCCUGUGAAAUCAAAAAAGUUGAUUGUUGUAAAGAAAAUUUAGGAAAACCAGUGAGUCCAGGGGAAGUUACUGACUUUGGUGAGCCUCUCAGUCCAGGUGAAAUAAGAUUUAUAGAAAAUCAAGAAAAAAUUGAUGUUUCCAGAUUAAAGCCUGAACCCAAUCCAUUGAAAGAAAAUGCUCUAAAAUCUUGCCAGAUACAUGUAAAUGGAAGUCACAACGAUCACUCAGAAAUUAACUGCCACAGAGUUGUCAGAGAUUUUCUACUAGAGCAGUCACUGCAAAGCCACAAGAAGCUCAAGCUAACUAAAAUGCGAGCAAAAAAGAAGAAAAAGAAAAAAAAGAAAUUGAAAGAUGUUUUGAAUGAAAACUUACAGAGAAAGCGUGAAAGUCUUCAUUCUCUUGCAUUCAAGUCUUACAAACCUGAGAUCCAGAAUAAGCUAUUGAUCAUCAAAAAGAAAGCAAAACACAAGAAGCACAAAUCUGAUGAAGAAACUACACAAAGAAAUAAAGCAGUUUGCUCCAGUGUUGAAGUUGGAAAAAAAUCCGUAUCUAAAAAAGCAAUCACUAAGAAGAGGAAAACUGUCACAAAAUCACCUUCUUCACCAGAAUUUCAGCUUAUUUGCACUAAUCUUGAUGAACUCAGGGAAUUAAUCACAAAAAUCGAGAAUGAACUCAAAGAUCUGGAAAACAAUAGAAAAAAAUCGGGCAAGUGGUAUCAUCGGAGGCAAGCUGUAAAAGAGCUGCAUAGUACAUUGAUACGUCUUUUAAAUGAAUUGCUACCAUGGGAACCAAAGUUAAUGAAAGCUUUUCAAAGAAACAGGAGCCGCCUAAAGAAAGACUAUGAUGAUUUCAGAAAACAGCCUGAUCAUGAUAAAUUUGCUAGAGAACUGUGGAUUACUGAAGAAGGUGAAGGAGAUCCUGGAAAAGAAUCUCCUAAAAUAGAAGUCAUUAAGUCUAUAGACUCUAUAGAACCUCUUGACAUCCUAGAGAAAGAGCACUUUGAUUCAGGUGAUAUGAAAUUAUCAGAAAUAGAUUUUCCUAUGGCCAGAAGCAAGUUAUUGAAAAAGGAACUGCCUUCUAAAGAUGUACUGAAGACACUGCAUAAAACACUCAAACGACAGUCCAAACAAACUAGUUAUUUUGAUGACAGCACAAAAGAACUUUCCCCAAGGAAGAAAGCGAAGUUAAGCACAAAUGAAACGACUGAUGAGAAUGUGGAUGGUGAUAUGCAGAUUGACUGUUUAAAUGAAUCAAAGCAUACAGAGCCGCUGUUUGCAGAAACAUUUGCCUCACCAGAUUCAACACCAGUGUCUACGCUUCCAAAAGGGACCAAACCUAUUCAGGCCUUGCUUGCAAAGAAUAUUGGGAACAAAGUGACCUUAAAUCAAUUGCCCCCUUCCUCAGGUAGAACUACACCUGCUGUGGAAAAGUCAGUUACAUCUCCUCCAGAAGCAAGUUCCAUAAAGCCAGCAUUGACCUGCCACACCAAUACAAAAGGUCCUUUACAGAUGGUAUACAAAAUGCCCUGUGGCCAGUGGUUACCCAUAGAUCUUCAUAACAGUUCUGUAAAGAUUCAGAUGCAACCUGUACUGGAUCCUAAAACAGGAGAAAAGAUAAUGCAGCAGGUUCUCAUUCUGCCUAAGAAUUUUGUGAUUCAGCAGAAAGAAGGGAAAACAGUAACAAAAGAAAUACCACUACUUCAGCAAAAAGGUACAGAGCAACAUAAUUCAUCUUACCCGCAGAUAGCAAAUGUAAACUCCUCUUUAGCAUCAGUUAUGGUCAACUCAACAGGAUCUAUUUCUACUCAGCUACCUAAUACAGUUUUCAACAAGACAAUUACACCUUUGCCAAAUAUGAGCAAUGCUAGACCACAGUCUUUAUCACCUAUAACCUCUGUAAGUAAUUUGUUAAUACCACCAGUUAAGACUAGCCAGAGCGAGACAGGAAAAGUCAAGAAUGUAGCUUCUUCAGCAGCCUCAUUCUCCCAGCCCAUUGCUUCACCCACCAUUUCCUCAACAGUUCAGCCUCUAUUAUCAGCAACAACACUAAGUGGAUCAGCAAAUUCUGGUAGUUCCAUCAACUGUUUUGCACAACAGAUUGAUGAUUCUUCUGAAACAAAGCAAGAACUGAAAACUGUAUGUAUAAGAGAUUCACAGUCAAUUCUUGUUAGAACAAGAGGUGGGAAUACUGGAGUUGUUAAAGUACAGACCAAUCCAGAUCAAAUUUCACCCAACAGUUUGUCCUCAAGUUCUGUUUUUAAUUUUGCACCUCAACUUCAGACAUUUCUGGUGUCAAAACCAACAACUUCAUCACCCUCUGCUUUUUCUCUGGUAGCUGGAACAACUACUACAUGUAGUCUCCCGUCUUUUGGGCAAACACCAACCUCUGUUUCCAUUCCAUCUGACUUUAAUCCAUCCAUGGGGAAAAAUCUCAAUUUUUCAUUAGGCCAACCUUCCUGCAGUAAUAAUUUGAGCCACAUAGUAGAUAAAACACCACAUAUGCCCUCUUCUCCCUUAAAGUCCUCUGUUUCUUCUAGCACUCUACUAUCAGCAGCAAAUAAUUCAGUAAAUGUAAUUAACAUAUCAGCAGGAAAUUUUGGACAAACCACUCCAGGUGUUACCCAUACUCCAGCUAAUCAACAGCAACAAGUAGAUUAUAUCACUAAAAGUUACCCUGUUACAGGAUCGGAAGCAACAACAGCAACAAAUGGAGAUCUGGUCAUUGGGACUCCAGCUCAGAAACUUAUGCUGGUGUCAACUCCUUCUCUUCUUUCUCCUGGCAGUGGAACUGCAAUUAAUGUGACACCAACAUCUACCAGUGUUUCUGCCCAGAAAUUACUUUUUAUCAAUGCUUCAGUUCCCUGUGGCACUUCAACUAUUGUGGCAGAGUCAUUAAAGCAAGCUCUUUCUCCGCCUUCCUUGAAUAAAACAUAUGUUAAAACUCCAGAGCAACCCCAAAUAGUGCUAAUUCCAUCUACAGUGGGAGCACCAAUAAAAAUAAAUUCAUCACCAACUGUGUCUCAGAUAAAAGAUGUGAAAAUUGGACUAAACAUAGGUCAAGCUAUUGUAAAUUCUUCAGGUAAUGUGCCAUCUAUACCACCAAUAAAUAUACUGCAAAAUGUGACUCCAAAAGGAGAAGAAAAAAGUACAAAGGGCUAUGUUUUGCCACUGUCAACAACUGAUAAUUCAGUUCCAGUAAGCUCAAAUUUUGUGAGUCAAAAUAUUACUCCUGUUAAUGAAUCAGUGGUUUCUGCAGCAAGAGCAGUAAACAUGUUUUCAGUAACGGGAACAAAUGUAUCUUUGGGUUCCCUUUCAGUGACCUCAACUUCUACUUCAAGUAGUGGGACACGACCUCCUGUUUUAGUCAGUGGAAAUGAUACCUCUUCAAGAAUUAUGCCUAUUUUGUCAAACAGACUUUGCACAUCAAAUAUCGGAAACACUGUGGCAAUAUCAACUGUGAAAACAGGACACCUUGCAUCAUCUGUUCUGAUUUCAACUACACCACCAACAGUAUCUCCCAAAUGUUUAACCUCAGCUUUGCAUAUCCCUGUUACUGUUGCUUUGCCUACACCUGUGACAGUUGCCCCCAAAAUAAUCAACACAGUUCCACACGUGGCAGCAGUACCAGGAACCACACGUUCUGUAUCUCUUUCUAAAAGCUCUGUAUCUCUUUCUAAAAGACAAUCUCAAACUCCUGUCCAGUUUCAGUCACCAGGGAUUUCAGCUACAGUGCCAACAAAUAAACCUCAGACUGAAUUGUCUAUUUCAUCAAGUCCAGGUAAAAUGAUUAAUAUUUCCAAUUUUGCUUCUCUGCCAAACCAGCAAAUGUCUCCUGCUUUAGUAAAAUCAAGCCCUAGUUACAGUUCUGUUCCAGGUGGUUCUACCACCCACACUGCUACAGCAUCAUCAAAUGUAACUAAUGUGGUAGGGAGUCACUUCAGUGAACCUUACAUUCAGCAAAAAAUAGUCAUUAACACCAGUACACCUUUGGCCCCUGGUACUCAAAUCAUGAUCAGUGGGACUCGGUUUAUUGUUCCACCACAAGGUCUUGGAGCUGGCAGUCAUGUUCUCCUUAUUUCUACUAAUCCAAAGUAUGGACCCCCCUUAGUUCUUAACAGUGCCCAAGGCAUUCAGCCUCCACCAGUAGAUAAUCCUUCCAAGAAGAGCACAAUAGCAUCAAAUAAUUCAAGUGAGCAAUCUGUAAAACAUUCUCUAAGAAGCUCUACAAAAAAUGUAAACUCUCUUGGGAAUACAAGUUCUCUACCCACAGUACAUACAACACCACAAAUUGUAAACACAACUGCUAAAGUUUCUAUUCCUCCUCCAACGGUGUCAUUGUCUUCAGUAAUUAAGUCUCCUCCAGCUACUCUUUUGGCAAAAACAUCUUUGGUAUCUGCCAUUUGUUCUACUAAUCCUCCACUGCCAAGUAGCACUUCAGUAUUUCAUUUGGAUACAUCUGUCAAAAAGUUGUUGGUGAGCCCAGAAGGCGCCAUAUUGAAUACCAUAAAUACCCCAGCAUCUAAAGUUUCUUCACUCACGUCAUCGCUCUCCCAAAUUGUUGUAUCUGCCAGUCGAAAUCCUGCCUCUGUCUUCCCUGCUUUUCAGUCAUCUGGCUUAGAGAAAUCUGACACAGCUGCAUCUUGAAUUUAGACUAAAAGAGCCAGUUUUUAAAUAAUGGGGCAUUGUUUUGACUCCCAUAGAAGUUUUAACUGUUUAUUAUACUGUUGAGAACAUACUAUAUGUAGUUGUGGUGUGUGUGUGUUAAUGUAAUUUUCACUAGCUUGCAAUAAGGCUUUGUUUUCUUAGGGAGAGAAAAAUCUCUUUCAUUUCACUCCUUGGUCUGUUUUCAAAGGAUGUUUGUUUAAAAUAAAAGGUCAGGAUUGACCUGUCUGUAUAACAUAAAUUGAGCUAAGUCAAGUUUGACUAGUUUGGAGUAAGCUAGCCUUUUGCACACUUGCAUCGAUGUUUCUUCUUCAAUUUGGACUAUUACAGCGUAUCUGCACUAUAGUAUUCUGUGUCAUUAGUGAAAUCUUAUUUUUGUUUCUGUAAAAAGAUAUAUAUUUAUGCAUUGUGAAAAUGCAGUCCAUUGUGUAAAAUUGUACAUAUCCCUAAGAUCCCUAACAACCUGUACUAAACUAUAUGUACAAAGAACUAUGCUGUCUUAUUUAUGUUUUGUUUACAUAAUGUAUAGUUUUUUAAGUAUUUUAGUAAUUUUGGACCAGUGAACUGUUAGCAACAAUGCAGAAAUAUCUGCAUGUAAUAAACUGAGUUGCUGUA